AUGCCAGAACUGACUUCGAAGGGUGCGACUAUUUCCAAGAAGGGCUUCAAGAAAGCUGUAACGAAGACACAGAAGAAGGAGGGAAAGAAGCGCAGAAAGUGCCGUAAAGAGAGCUACUCGAUUUAUAUCUACAAGGUGUUGAAGCAGGUGCACCCCGAUACUGGCAUCUCAUCCAAAGCCAUGAGCAUCAUGAAUUCCUUUGUCAACGACAUCUUCGAGCGCCUUGCAGCUGAGGCGUCGCGCCUGGCGCAUUACAACAAGCGCUCGACCAUCACGUCCCGGGAGAUCCAGACGGCCGUCCGCCUGCUGCUGCCCGGGGAGCUGGCCAAGCACGCCGUGUCCGAGGGCACCAAGGCCGUCACCAAGUACACCAGCUCCAAAAAAAAGAAAAAAAAUUACACCAUAACUUGUAAGAAAAUGUAA